GUUGAAGUAAAAAUUCGCCCACUUCCCUGAAAAUCAUCUCUAAAUUUGUAAUAAUAUUGCAUCCUUUUGUGGUCAGACAAGAUUGCUUGUUUCUUCUAUAAGCUAUGUUUAAAUUUUUCAUGCUUUGUAAAAGUAACUCAGUAGCGAAUACUUGGUUUUAUUGUCUUAAUAUAUAUAUUGUGAGAUCUUAGAUAUAUUGUGAGGACAAAGUAUGUUCUUGGUUAUAAAGGUUCCACAUUCUUGCAUAUAAAAUUCAUUUUUUAAUGAAUUUUUCAUGUCAUGUCUGGUAUCUUUGUCCUUGCUUUAUGAUGGUUGAUUAUUGUUGCCAUAACGUUCACAAUCGUGAUAUCGUGAUACGGCACGGCAUUAUUUUAAGUUGACGAUUGUUGAUUUAAUCCCACGGCAAAAAUUAUAAAAUAUAAUGAAAGACGAAAAGAAAGAUAACCCUGUAUAUAUAUGUUAUGGAAAUAAAUGCGUGUUUUGAGCAACGAUAUAUCAAUACAGCGCACGUUGCGUUUCAAUGCCUUAGAGUGUCGACAAAAUGCCAUCAAAAGGGAGGAAAAAGAACAAGAGAAAUAGGAAACGUAAACAGAGAGAUAUUGGACAAACCGAACAAGGAAGGAAUUUCGAAAGAAAUUUUUUAACCAACAAAGAAAAAGAUGAAAGCGAUACUCAUUUAUCAAGUAACAAUCCUAUAGUGAUAAAUGUUCAGUGUUCGAGCGUAUCUCAAAAUGAAAAGGACACAACAUCCUUUGAGCCAAUGCAGGCGGAAGUGCAAAUUUUUGAUGAAUCAACUACGUCAGGAAGCAGAAAACGUAAAUUUCCUGAUAAAAAUAAACAAGAUAAGGACACAAUUCAUGCAAAGAAACAUAUGGUCACUGAAGCUGAAAUACAUGCACAUGGUGCACACGAUACUCAUCGUGAAUUUGACUCAGGUCACUCUUCAAAGAAUUUACCAUACGUUAAUGCAAGUCAAUCAAGUAGCAAAAAACGUAAAGUGGCUGCUGGAAAUAAAAUGGAAGAGGGCGAAAGUCUUGCAAAGAAUCCCAAGAAAGACGACAAUGGUGCAGAUUACGAUGCCAAUAUUUGGAGAGAGUUGUCACAUUCCCUUACUCAGCUAUUGUUAGCAGCCGAUAUUUCAAACAAAGGUGUUGAUCAAAUAUACGACAAUUUAAAGCUUGAUUUCUCAAAUGACAAUGUGAUCCAGGAAUGUAUUCGGUGGAUAGUACAGGCCACAACAUCAACUACUGACAAAUGGCAGCUUCUAUUUCUCUGUGCAUUAUUGGGUUAUGUCGCCCAGAUUAAAAAAGUUGACGUCUUGAGCGUGCCACAUGACGACACCACAAAGAUUGGUUUUGAUAAACUGCUUUAUAAUCUUGAAUACUUCUUCAAAAAUCGAAUCAAAUUCCACCAUAAAUUUUUUGAGCUGCUUGCAAACAGUGCCAGCACAAUUGUCGAAGGAUGUAGCAAACCAGGAUGGCUUACUUUAGCUGCAUACUUUGGAUGGUUUUUUGAUAUGGAAUACGUACUAAAGUGUAGACAGAUGGACAAUUACAGUUAUAGCAAAGAAGAAUUUAAAGAGCUACUUCCUUUACUGGUUUAUGAUGUAGAAAGUGUAGAGCCAUUGUACGUGAAUGUUUAUGAACGUUAUCUGAAACGUAUUCUACAGUUUGCCCCUGACGAUGAAGUGUUGUUUCAAAUGUUUCAAGAUAAAGUUCACAGAUUUUUUUUGUCACAGCAUCAUAAAGAGCGUUUCUUUAUUCAAGUAUACUCUGAAAGGUUAAAGAACGUUGAAGGUAGCUUGGCAAAAAAAAUUGCAGCCGUCAAAAGAUUUCCGGAAAAAAUGCGUCAACAAUUACAUGGCGUCUAUUACGCUUGUGUUUUGAAUUAUAUUUAUGUCCGUGAUCCAUUACAAGAAGAUGUGCAUGCUCUUUGCAAUUUGAUUAUUGAUCUAAGCCAUGAACACAUGGAGGAUGUAUUAGGUCGGAUAAUUCAAAUACAACCAUCAUAUCUUGAUGACUUAUUUCAUCGUGUGUUAAACGACAAAAAAAUUCUCAACAAAUGGAAGAAAAUUGUUUUCGAGAAACGAGCCUCUCUUUGUGCGGAUUGGAUCCGUUAUAAGAUUGAGUCAAACGGAGAAAAAUUUACAAAAGUAAAAGCAACAUUGUCAAACGUUGAAAAAAUAAUCUCUUGUAGUAAUGUUGCAUCUGCUGAUGAUGUCAAAGAACGUUUGUUCCAAAUUUUUGUCAAAGAUCUUCGACAAGAAGACCCAAAAGUGUUAUUGGAAGAAUCUAAAGAACUUUACAUCACUAAACCUUGCAUAAGAAAAUUCAUCGCGGAUGUUAUUCAGGACACAAUGAAGAAAAAUGAGCAGUUCUUAAGACGUAAUGGUUAUGUCUUACAAUAUUUGUCAAGUCAAGCACCAUCUAUGAAGAAACACACUGGAUACGAGAAGUGCCUAUUGAAGUGUGCGUUGAAUGUCCUUAACCCUCCAAAAGAAGAAAGUAAAGAUAUGAUUGAGCAAGCACUUCAAUUUUGUGACAUUUGGGUUGAAUUAGUUGUAAUAGACGAUUUUCGUACAAAGAGCUCUUUUCAAGCUUGGAGAAAGAUUUGGAAGAUUAUAGAAGAUUGCAUCAUGAAAGAAGACAUCACAGUGUCGCUUUUUGAGAAAAUUAAAACUUAUCAAGAUCGAUUAUCUUGCAUUUUUUGUGGUCUUAAUUCAGGCGAUGUGCAAAGUAAGUACUUGCUGAAAAUAUCAAAACUUAGCGAGGUUGUUGAUGAUUUUCGCACGAAGUAUGAUCUUUUACUGAAAGCAGAGAAUUUUGCCGUGGAAGUUUUGCCUGGUUGGUCAUUGAGAGACGGUAUUAGUGAAGUGAAUGAUCUGAAAUCGACCAAAUGUAAUAAAAUCAGCAACAUGUUUUUGGAACCAUUUGGGCCAUUAUUGCAACAAUUAGAGUCUUUGAAAGUGCUGCUGCAUUCAGUUUCGUUUUCUAAAUUUGCUAAAACGUAUCUCCAAAAAAAUCCUCUCCCUUAUCACGCAUAUCUAAAUAUAAUUGAUCGGGAGUGUCAACUUUCUCUCUUUGAAGUUCUUUCAACACAAGGUAUUCGUCUUUUUGAAAUCAAGUGGCAGCAAAUACUCUGUAAUUCAGAAAGUGUAUCAGUCGGAUAUCUUAAAGGACUUCUUGAAAGUCUGAAUCCAUUAAAAUUAGGCGACGAAUUAUCCCUUUUGGAACGCCAAUUUCAAUCCAAGAUUCCACCACAUGUUCGAACUCUCACGACGGACUGCGUUUCGUUUCCUCGCGUUUUAGAACAAACCAAACAUAUCAAAGAUUUCCUGUGUGUACUUGAAAUUGAUGAAUCCAGUACAGGGGAAGAUGUUGAAAGUCUGUUGGAAUUUCUUGAUACUUUCGAUUGCGAUGAAUCUUGCAUAAUGAUAGAGAAAUUGCAUGAGCCUAUGGGAAAAGUUGAACAAAUCAUUUCUCAAUAUAAUAUUGACAGAACUGACGAGAUGAUUAUUGCUUUGGGAAAAUCUCGAGAACUUAUUCGUUUUAUCCGCGAGAUAGUCAAUGACGACAUUCGUGUUCUCAUUGAUGCAGUUGAAGAACAUUCUGAAGAAGCUGUUUCGGCUUCCUUGGUAUCCGAUCUUAUUCAAGUACAUGGUUUCUUGGUACCCGUUAUUGAAAAAUGCUCUUUCCAUCCCAAUCUUGUCUUGAUGACUCUUGUUGAACAAUGUAAGAAACAAGGUAAUAUAGCCAGAAAGAUUCGCCAAUGCAGCGAACAUGUUCACAGUCUGCGAGGAUUGUAUCAAAAAGUUGCCAAUCGUGAGGAAUUGACGAGAGGAAUAAUCAAACACUGUCUGGCCAACGGAGUUUUUAAAAUCAAAUUAGAUAGUUCUGGCUCUUGUCAUAUUACCAUGAGUUAUAGACUAGAAAUAGAUGAAACCAUCACGAAGUCAAUGGAUGAUCUUCAGGAUCUACGCAGUCGUGCUCAUUUGAUUUUAAGCUCAGAACAAAUUCCUGGAAACCUGACAGAGAGCAAAACAAAAGACGAAGUUAAUUUCCAUGCUUUCAUUAAGCAAGUUAAUCUGCUGUCAGAUAUUGAAGAAGCAAUCAUCAAUCUUCAGUCAUCUGGUUACGUUAAAUAUCAAAAAGAUCUCGAGUGGGAAUCGUUGUCAGGAACAAAGGACUUGGAAGAAACAAAGAGUCAGCUCUCUAACGAUUUCAAGGAUUGGCAAAAAAGCCUUUGCGAAGCUCGAAAAAAUCAUUAUUUUCUGAAUUAUUUUUGGUCAGAUCAACUAAGUUUGCUUUACAAUUUCAUUUCAAGCGAAAAUAUAAGCGAAAAUGAUGUCCAGAACGUCGUUACUUUGAUAAAAUUUGUUGAUCCAAAUAUCGAUGCAGAACGAUUAAUGGCUUUUCAGAAUUGCUGUCAUCGUAAUGAAAAUACAUCUCCAUUCGACGUAAUUACUGCAAUCGGCAAGGUAUUGGAUGAGAUUUUUUCUAAUUUUCACCCUCCAUUAUUGUCAAGAAAAAUCUCCGAUGACAACCACCCUCAACCUAAUUUGUGUGUUCAUAAUGGCGAGCUCUACAUUGUUGCUCUAGAAAAAGACAGCGUGAAGAUGGUUAACGUAAUGUUGUCUUUAUAUGAAAAUACUACAAAUGCUUUUCCAGAACCACAUCAAGUUUUGUUUUGCCAUGAAGCCACUCCUUGGGAACAGCUGCAACUUUUUCUCAUCAGAUGCUUCAAUCAAAGCAAGAAUCCAGCCUGUAAUAGUUUAUUCUGUCUAUCCAACGUCGAACAUCUCUCCAAUGAAGUUCAGUUUAACUUGGUGGAUUAUAUAAAAAAGAAAGAAUUUGAAGAUCGUGAGCAAAAUUAUCUACUGGCAAUUAUUUGUAGAUGUGAUGCACAUCAUCAUAUAAUUGAAGAAUUUUCAAAGUUUGUACAUCAUAUCUCUGGCAUGUCGUAUCCUGAAAUUGCUAGUCGAUUCAAAUCCAAAUGGCCGCAUGUGAAGUGUGUAACAUCCACAUUACAAGGACUUGGAAAGACGGAAUACAUUCGUAACGAUGCCCUUGAAAAAAGCAUAAAUGCCGUUUCUUUUCCCAUAAGCGGCCAAGUAAAUGAGAGCAAAAUUAUAGAGCGAUUGAAGAAACUUUCUUUAACCGAUUUCCAGUGUCUCCAUUUUGACAUUGAUAAAGUUGAUGAUCCAGUUUUGUUGGAUGUAUUUUUGUUCCAGUUGAUUGUCAUGGGUAUAGUGUCAUAUGGUACGCAAAUGUACUUUCUUCAUGGUAGUCAUGUUUACAUUGAAAUUUCAAACUGUUUGAAUAACCAAUUGGCGGAGAGCUUGUUGAUUACACGUUGUUUUUCUCGGGUUGAAUUGUCUUGGAAGAAUUACGAUGACUUAAAAGUCAGCAGCAACAUCUUAAGCAACAUUCAGGUCGUAUGUCAAUAUCUUAAUGUGUUUGAGAAAAAUGAAUUGGAUAACACAGAUGUGUUUUAUGCUGGUUCGGACAAGGUAAAACCGUUAUUUGAACAUAGAUGCCGUGAGUUACUUCGCAAACAUUAUGGAACCACCGGCGACAUGACAUUUUCUAUGUUACAUACAUUCUUAGGCUUUCUAGCUGAUCAAUUGCGAAAGUUUUCCAAAAGUACAUUUUUUGAGGUAAAGAAUUUGAAGGAAAUGCUGGAGGAUAAUGCUUCUGGUGUGCGAAAAAAUCUUUUUGAAAUUUUGCUUCAUACCUCCAAAGAUUUUGCUUCAAGAUCUCUGUCAACAUGUGACUCAACCGAAGCCCAAAACACUUCCUCUUUAUCAACUGCUCAGAACAUUGUUCAGAGAAUGAAAGGAAUGAUUCAAUGGGAAGAAAGUAAUCAUCUGUUAAUUGUUUUUCAAAAUAUUGACUCUCAAACAAUUGCUGCAUUCUAUCGUGACAAAUCCAAAGUUCCUUCAAACAUUCGAGAAUUACUUAAAAGUCAAAUAGUUGGUGAAAAAAGUAAAGAGCUUGUCGAUUUCAAAGAGUUGAGUCAUGAGGAUUUACAUAAAAUGCUGGAGAAAAUUGCCUGCACGAGAUCGUCGCAGGGAAAUGUUGCAUCUAAAUUCUCAGGUUAUGCAUUGACGGCAGACAACAUGUUGAAGAUGAUUUUAAUAAUACUUCGUGUUAGAGCUAAGAUUCCGAUCAUUAUCAUGGGUGAAACUGGUUGUGGAAAAACCAGUCUUGUUCAAUAUUUGGCUUCAACUUGUGGUAUUCCAUUCUCGAUCUAUAACUUCCAUGCUGGUCGCACUGACGACGAAAUAAGGGAAUUUGUUGAAAAGGAAAGCGAUAAAGCCCAAAGCGCUACUGGUCAAAGAUGGAUAUUCUUGGAUGAAAUCAAUACGUGCCACCAUCUUGGAUUGAUCAAUGAAAUAAUGUGUCAUCAUACUUUACUUGGGCAUCCAAUUUCCAGAAAACUGAUCUUCAUUGCUGCUUGUAAUCCUUACAAACUACGAUCGCCAGAAAGCUCAUCCACGGCUGGCCUUGAAGGUAAAAAGGUUGAUGAUGAAUAUUCAAAAUUAGUUUAUCGUGUUCAUCCUUUGCCAGAAUCCAUGGUUGAUUACGUUUGGGAUUAUGGGUCAUUGACGCCACAAGAUGAGAAGGUUUACAUAGGAAGAAUGGUGAAUAAAUUUCUUGGAGAAUACCAGCAAGUUUUAACCGAGCUUCUUGCUUUAUCUCAGAAUUUUAUACGACAUGCUGAGAAGAAUCCAUUCUGUGUAAGUUUACGUGAUGUUCGACGUUGCAUUCUUCUUGUGUCGUGGUUUAUUGAUACGUUGAAGACACGAAAAAUGUUAAUGGAAGAAAGAGAAAGAAACGGUAAAUCAACUCCAACUUUUCCAGGUCAUUUGGAAAAAUAUAAAAAUCGUUCUAUGAAGUACGAUAGUUAUCCAGAAAUAAAAAGUAUUGUUCUUGCUCUUGCUCAUUGUUAUAUGUCAAGGUUGUUAACAAAUGACUUGCGCCAAGAAUACAUAAGAAGCCUUAUUCCUUCUCUUGCGUCACGUAACGUAGAUAAAAAAAGUUUUAAAGCCAUAAUACGUAUGGAGCAAGAGGAUUAUCUUUCACGCAUGGAGCUUCCAGAGGGAACUGCAAGAAAUGCAGCUCUUCGUGAAAACGUUUUCGUCAUGUUAGUAUCAAUUCUCAAUCGUAUUCCUGUGUUUGUUGUGGGAAAGCCAGGUUGCAGUAAGUCAUUAGCAAUUCAAUUGAUUAGAAGUAAUCUUCGUGGAAAAGAUUCAAAAGACGCAUUCUUUAAAACGCUACGUCAUCUCUAUGUUGUCUCUUACCAAGGAUCAGAGUCUUCUACAUCUGAAGGUAUUGAAGAAAUUUUUAAAAAGGCCUCAAAUUACAAAGAGCACAACAGUUCUAAUAAUGUAUUACCUGUUGUUUUAUUGGAUGAAGUUGGAUUGGCAGAAAAUUCACCGAACAAUCCUCUGAAAGUUUUGCACAGCAUUCUUGAACCAGGAAAGGGAGAGUUACCAGAUGUUGCAGUUGUCGGUAUUUCCAAUUGGGCUUUAGAUGCAGCAAAAAUGAACCGGGCAAUCCAUUUGUCUCGACCUGAACCUUCCGUAAAAGAUCUCAGUGAAACAGCUAUUUCUCUUUAUCAAGGUGACAAUACAUCAGAAGAUGAUAUUGAUAAAUCUACAGAACAUGUUCUUUGUUGUCUUGCAGAAGCCUAUUACGAAUAUCGGGCCAUUCAGUCACAUUCUAAUUUUCACGGUCUUCGUGACUACUACUCUCUUGUGAAAAGUCUGAGGGGUGAAAAUUGUCGUGACAUGAAAAAUAUCAAUAUUUCACUGAAGCGAAAUUUUGGGGGGAUUCCUAAAGAAUCCAGCGUCGUGAAAGAAGUUUUCAAUGACAGAUUGAAGACUGUAAUUUCAGCCAGCAAAACUGAAAGUUACAUUCCAGUUAGACUACUUAUUGAAGAAAAUCUUAAAGAUCUGAAAGCAAGACAUCUUAUGCUCAUUUCGAAUGGUGAUUCUGCUAUUGGCAUACUAAAACAACAUGUUUCUUACUCUACAAAGGAAACUAUCACAAUUUUUGGCAGCAAUUUUGAAGAAGAUAUAUCCGAUGACUACAACUAUAGAAUUUUAAGUCGAAUCAUACUUUGUAUGGAACGUAAUUGCAUUCUCAUUCUUCGUGAUCUUGAAUGUAUAUAUGGAAGUUUGUACGACAUGUUGAAUCAAAAUUAUUCUGUUGUUGGAGGAAGAAAAAACUGUCGAGUUGCUCUUGGUGCCAACAGCAAUCCCAUGUGCUAUGUAGACGAUGGAUUUCGCUGCAUCGUCCUUAUUGAUCAAGAUCAAGUCGAUUAUUCCGAUCCUCCAUUUUUGAACAGAUUUGAAAAACAACUUCUUCGUUUUUCAGAUAUGUUAAAUGAAACCCAACAGGAAAUUAUGAAAGAAUUGGAGUCUUGGGUUCAGCAAAUGUCGAGUGUGGAAGGUUUCAGAGACAAGUUCAAGGAAGAGGAUGUGUUCAUUGGUUUUAAUGAAGACACGUUGCCAUCAUUGGUUCUGUAUCAUAGUCAUGAUUUUGAAGAGUCAAAGGAAGUCAUCAUAAAGAAGUGCAAAGAUGAUCUUAUGUGGAUUGCAACUCCUGAUGGAGUUUUACGCACGCGUGAAAGUGAUCGAUAUAACAAAGAUCCAGGAGAAAUAAAGAUUUUGUUGAAUGAAUAUUUUGAGAAGCCAAUCCACAACGGACUUGCAUCAUUUAUAUCGCAUAUCGUGAAGCAACAUGUUAAUGAUGCGGAAAGUGAAGCUUGCUCAAUCACUUUAUUGAUGACACAUGCCACAGUGCACACAGAUAUCAGUCGUUGUAUGAACGAAAUGUCGUGUCAACUUGAGCGACUUGGGGCCUACAAGUCUGGUAAGCAACUCGAAGACAGAAUACAUAUUUUUUUUAAAUCUGAGAAAGAGCUUUUAAUCAUUCAAUGCAAACCAGAACUGGACGCAGAACACAUGCUUUUCACUCGAUCAAUUGUCGAAGAAAAACGAAAUGCCUUCACUAAAAAAUUUAUGGAAGCUCAGUCCACCAUGCAAAGAAAACACGUCUGCAUGAUUGUCCACGUGCGUCGAGCAUCUCAUGAAAACACGCCACGAUGGCAGUUAAAUUUCCUUAGUGGAUGGAAGCAAGUUUUCCUUGAUACACUCGAAAUACCAUCAAUUCCGAUGGAUAAAAUAUUUGAUCAAAACGUAGACAAUCUCCUUUCAAACUCCGUUUGGUCAUUUCGAGGAUUCGCUGUUAACUGCAUAUUAUGGUGUUUUAACUGUUUGAAGUAUUCACAAAGUGCAAGGCAGCAAGAACGUGUGCUGAGAUUUGCCAAGAAACUUUUUUUAUCACACAAUGUCAGCAAAACUAUUCGUGAUCUUGUAAUAAAGGAAUGCAGGCACUGUAUUGAACAAUCAUCAAUAACAGACGAGAAUUGGCAAGUGAAAGUUGCUUGUGACGUAGAUCUUCUUUUCAACUCUUGGAAUGUAUCUGCAGCGAUGGAACAAUAUUUGUUGUUUCUUGUACGUCAGCCAUUAGCUAAGUUAGUUUACUUUAUGGAAAGCGAAAAUUCCUGGCCACCUCAUUUACUGAAUGAAAAAGCUUUAGAGUACGAAGCUUUAUGGUGUGACCUCCUUAAGAAUCAAUCAAUUUUUGAUUUCAAAAUGAUUCCGGAAUGCAAAGGAGUCAAUUCAUAUUCUAUCACUGGGUUACGUCAUAAUUUGAAGGUACCGUUUAGUCAAGUGAUCGCUAAAAAAAUACAAGAAACACGAAGUUUUAUUAUGAAAGAGUACGCUAAAGCAUUGGAAAAUGAGGAAAACUACGAGGAAAAUGGUAUUUUGAUGAAAGAAGCUCUGGUAGACGAACUUGAACAAUACUCAAAUGCUCUGCAAAAAGAUGUUCCUUGUAUCAUCCUUUUGUCAGAAUACUUUGCAAGCUCUUAUAUGGCAGACAUGUUUGACAUAACAUCAGCAAAUUUUCAUGACAAGAUAAAUGUCGAGAUAAGGAUACCUGUUAUGUUGUGUGCUUUCUUAUCUUUUACUAAACCUUGGUGUCCUCUUGACGAAAAAGAUCCAACUCAGCUUUAUGCUUUGCUUCAUUUGUUUCUUUGGAUAUCUGGAGAAAAAAUUAACAGGUUUUUGGAGCUUGUCAGUUGCUUUGUUGAUCUGGAUUUUCUCAAAUAUUUUGAGGGAUUGAUGCAAAGUUAUCUUGAUUGCAAUGAAAAAAUUCUUUCUCCUGAUUAUCUCCGUGAUGAUAGGUUCUGUGUAAAUCUCUUUUAUGAAAGCGACAAGAGUUGCAGCAGUAGUGAUGACAGUGACGGAAGUGAUAGCGAAGACUUGUCCAGUGACGAGAAAGACGAUGAAGUUGAUGACGGGAAUGACCAAGAAAAUGAACCGAAUAAGAAAGAAAACUUUGAGGAAUAUUUGGUGACAUCAAUCUGUGAGUACAUGUUUCCUUCGGAAAAGUCAAUACACAAAAAUGGUGGAUUGGAUAACUGGAUGAGAAAUUCCAAGUUGUUGUUGACAUUUUCAUCAAAAGUCUGCAACGUUGCACCUGCUUAUCAUUUCUUGCGUUUGUGUGUAGAUUUUGGAGAAGUUGUUCAGCAAUCUGGAAUUCCAAAGGAAAAACUAUAUAUUUUGAAUGAAGUAGGAACAAAACUCGAUCCUGAAUACCUUGAUGAUAAUGACUCGCUUCUGGUGAUGAAAGAAAAAUUGUUGGAUGAUGUGGAACAUCUUAUGAGAGAUGACGAGAAAAAUCAAAGUAUUUUUCGCAAAUUUAUGUCUCAGUAUUACAGUCGUCACGUUGAAGCUAAGAUGGAAAGAACAUCAUCACGGCCAAUUAUUGAAUACAUUUUUUCUCUGAAUGAUCAAGAUAUAUUGACAAUGAUUCCUGUCCUUUACCGCCUGUUGUACAUUGAAGAGGCUCUUUGUCCUGGGAUAUAUAUUCAUAUCGUUGUUGAGCAAAAAGUCGGAGAAAAUCAGUUUAAUUUAAAAGAUAUCGACAAGAUUUUUAUAGAGCAAACAAAAAGCAAGUCGCUUAGUUACGACUCAUAUCUGGUUGUGAUGAUAUGUGAUUUAAUUCAGUUCAUUCAACGCUUCGACGAAAACUAUUUUAGCAGUGAGAGAGAAUUAAUGAAUUGUUAUCGGUCGGCAACAAGAGCCGUUACUGGUUGUGGGCAUGGUAUUGUAUUUUUGUCAUCCAUUGCCUUUCUUCGAGGUUUCUAUACCAUGUUAUCUAGAAAGCACGAUAUCCUCAGAAUCUUGACGAGCGAAACAAAAUACUCGAUCAUUCUGAGCGAAAUUAAUUCCCUUUUGGAAGGUGAUGAUGAAAGACGGUUAUCCAUUCGAACAUUCUUUUUAAAACGACUUUAUGCAUCUGGCAUGACCAUGUAUGAUCUUAAAAAGUUAUGUUGUGCCAGUAAUAAGCUACCCGUGCUGAAGGAGAUUUUCCACCCCCACUGUAUUUUCGAAAAGAUGAAAUAUACUUUUGCCGUCAGGAUGGAGAAAUACGAAGAAAUAAAGGAAGCGUUGUUGCAGCUUAGACUUGGAAAUGAUGAAAAAAUGGCUGAUGUUGCACAAAAAUGUGAGAACAAUCCCAGUUAUCGCGUCGCACUUUUAGGGAAUAUUAUCAAUGUUUUCUACGUAGAAAGAACAGUGGGUAACUUGAGUGAUGACAACGAAAAGUUGGCAAGAAAAUUAUACAUAAUGAUCGAUAAGUUCCCACUUUUGUUAAAGCAUGUAGUGUCCAGAUUACUUGGCAUUGAAAAUUUCGAACAUCCUGGCUUACAAAUUUCUGCUGAAUCAUCUGUGGAGGAAAUAGAUUUGGCUUUGUUGAUUCUUCAUAUAGUGUGUGUUGUUUAUAGUAGUUUUGAAGUCAGCUUUCCACUGCUUGAGUAUGUCUUGAAACCGGAAAAAAAUCAAUCAACCAGUAUUUUUACGCGUAAAGAAAAUAAACGAGUUUUGGAUCAAUACCGUUAUUGUAAUGAAGGUUUAACAGUUAAUUGCUUGUGUAAGUUUCACUUACAAUAUCGUGGUCGGUUGGAAAAAUGUCCCAAUUGUGGUAAAGAAGUCGACACUAAAGGCUAUGGUGAUUCCCUCAGGACCUAUUUUGACGACUCCAAGAGUAAAGAUUGGGAAACAUGCACUGUGAAUAUGAAGCCAUCUGUCUAUCGAGCGUUACAUUUGAUUGUUAACGCAUGUUUGUAUGGAGGAAUUGCUGCUGGACUAUCUUCAAAUGAGAUGAUAUUCAAAACUCUAUUUCCUGACAAUGAAGACGGAAGUUUAGCAGAUGCCUGUCUUAAUCAGAUAAACGAAGAUCUAAAAUGUUUGCAGACUAUUCUGUCUUGUAAGAGACAAACUGCAAUUGAUGUAAUGCAUUUAGUAGUUGAAGAAUCAACUCCACUGCUUAAAGGAGUUGUUCAAGGUGGAAAUACAUUGAUAAAUAACACAGAAUGUAUGCAGUGGGAAAGCAAGUUCAUUGAAGUAGUGAGCGAAAUCUUCUUUAAAGCCUUUGGAUCAGCAAAACCGCUCAAAGAACUGAAAAUUGAGGCAAAGUUAAAGAUUUCUAAGAUUGAAUAUGAAAUGCAAGAGCUUGACCAAUAUCCGACUAAUUUUGAUGAGCAAAAUAGAAAAUUGAAAAGAUUGUUUCGUAUCACAAGAGAACCGUCCUUUGCAGAAUUGCGAGCAAUGUUUUUCAACUCUUCUAAAGAAUUUAACAAGGAGCAUCCUGUUCUAGCUGUUUUGUUGUCUUGGUUUGACGAGCUUCCUUAUCUUUCAAAUUUGUAUCCACUAUUAAACUGGACACGUUACGUCAUAUCCACAUUGACCAAUCGCAUCAGCAGAAAAGAAGUGGAAAACCGCAGUAUCAGUGAUUUGAUUGAUGGUGUUUUUCAACAGGAAGGAAAUAAAGAGAAAGAAGAACGCAAAACAAUGUUUCAAAACUUUAAAGUCGCUUGGAACAAAAUGCAUAAGAUCGUGAAUCAGCACUUAGAUGAGAAUCAACAAGAAAUGCCUUAUAUUGGGGAAGAUAAGCCCAUUGGCUACUGCCUUUUAGAUGGCGACUUGAGUGUGUAUUUGAAAACAGCAAUAACAAUUCUACAGUCAAUGCAGAACAGCUUUUUAGACUCUAUGAUCGCCACUUCAUUGAGAACGAAACAUCCAGCUGUUAGUUUCCUCACAAAAAGCGAGAACUGCUGUGGUGUGAUGUCAAUAUCACUACAAGAAGUUAAAGAAAAAGAUAUCAUCAAUAUUGAAUGGUCAAACAAAUUCCUGAGGUACACACAGAAUCCAGAGUAUGGUUGUGGAGAAGAUAUUGAUUAUGACUUUGAGCAGAUUGAAAACAUCUUGACUAAUGAAGUGGUCCUUGAAAAACUUUAUCUUACAGAUAUUUCAAGUACAUUCAUAUUUUCCCUUGAACUCUUCCAUUCCAGUGCUAAUGUACUAAUGAAGAUUCGUGAGUUGUGUCCACAAAGUCCAACUCUUCCUGAAGGUAUUGAUCAAGGAAUAGAGACACUUAAAGAACGCAGAAAACAAGAUGCACGUAACUUACUUCAAAACAUCGAGAUUAUCAUAUAUUUACUGCAUUCUGAUCCCAAAUCCACGGAAGAAAUUCAAAAAAUAGAACUUGUUGAAUUCGCUGACACGUUUAAAGAUAAGCUUCCACGUCCGUUCCCAGUUGACUUGUUACCUGAACCCAAGAAAUCCAUUCAUCUUACUCAUAUUGCAGCUCUGUAUGAAGCGUUAGAAGACGUGCUUGCCGAUGGUACCAUCGAAGGUUUACCAAUACAGUUUCGAGCUGAUUUGAAAGUAGACAUAAAGGAAAAAUUAAAUAGUUUAGUCCACCACAGAAAUGGGCCGAUCAAAGCAAAACAGUUUCUUCAAGUGUUACGUCGUUUUGCAUUUCGUUAUCUGUCAGCUGAAAAAUUUCAUCCUGAAGCCAAAACACCUUUACGUAGUUGUCUGCAAGAACCGUCAUUGUGGACACCAGGCGAUGUUCCAGAAGAAAAUGUCAUUCCUAGGGAGUUAGUGUUGGCGAACAUUAAGGCAAUAAUUAAACGUCUACAACAGGAACAAAGUGGACAAACAGGCGGUGUGCAAAAUCUUAGAAAAAGUCAGCCUGCAGCCAAUAAAAGAAAAGGAAACAAACGGUCGAUUGCGACGAAUUUUGAUCUUCGCUAAGUAUCCGGUUGAGAAACAUCGACGGUUUUUUUUAUGUUACAUAACGAUUAACUUUGAUUAUUAGCUAUAAACGUUACAUUACAUUUAUUUUUGCUUAUUUAAUUUUGAAGAGUUCUGUGGCUGUGUAAAACAAAUUUACGCCAUAAAGUUAAGUUUAUCUUGCUCAACUCUUUGUAAUAACUAGAAUUUAGGCAAAAAUUACGACUGCCACAGAAAGAUACUCUUCAUUACAAAAAAUGAAGAGUAUUUUGGUAAAACACAAGACAAUAACUUUAACCCUUAAGAAAUGAUAGCUUUUUAGCUUUUCAUGUUAGCUUUUCUACUGAUGAUGACAUGUAACACUUGUCGAAACGUUUAGAUUAAAUAAUGUUUACUAAA